GGGUGUCGUGUCCGGCGAGCCGCCGCUCGCUUGUGCCCGGAGGGUGCCUGGCGGUCCCAGACAAAACGCACUUCAGAGGUGCCUGGGCUGUGGUAGGCUUUCCCUGAAGCCUUUGGUUCUCCGGAGCUGGCUUUUAGUAAGUUUCUCUUCUCCGAGCUUAGCUCGUUCCCCGCCGCUGAAAGCAGAGGGGCGAAGUGAAGUUUAUGGGUGUUUGGAAUAGCAAAGUGAGUUUCAGAAAUCGCAAAAUAUCUAGUGUUUCACUUUUUAACAGCCCUUAGCAUUGCCCCCUGCCAUCCCCUCUCUUCCCCUUUUCUGUAGAACUCUGCUCUUGCCAAUGCUUUUGAGACGGUAGAAGGAAGCAGUGCCUGAAAAAGGAUUUCUGAAACUUGUAUGGUUUUGGAUUCAAACAACAGGCUAGAAAUUGGUGUAAUCUUCAUACUCCUUUGAAUAAGAAGUAAUAAUGCAACGAAGGCAGGGAAGAGUCAAUGCUGGACUGCUUUUGCUGCUUUAUCAGAUUUCUCAAGUUGGACUCCAGAACAUUCCUUCUGUUACCCUUGGGGUACUUGCACUGAAUAUUUUUUUCUUUCUGAAUCCUGUGAGACCACUGCCCGAAGUGUGUAUCAGUGUAAAUGAAGGCUUCUACAGAAAGAACUGGCAGCGUUUACUCCUUUCUCCUGUCCACCAUGCAGAUGAUUGGCAUUUAUAUUAUAACAUGAUUUCCAUGCUUUGGAAGGGAAUAAUGCUGGAAAAAAAACUUAAGAGCACAUGGUUUGCGUACAUAAUUGUAGUAUUUUCAGUGCUGAUUGGAGUUGUUUAUAUGGCAUUGGAAUUCAUGCUCACGAAAAUUCUGGAUGAUCCUUCAUAUGAAAUGAAUUGUGCUGUAGGUUUUUCAGGAGUCUUGUUUGCUUUGAAAGUUCUUAACAACCAUUACAAUCCCGGAAGAGUCAGCAGUGUCCUUGGAUUGCAGAUAUCCAGUAAAUAUGCUUGUUGGGUGGAGCUGGUGGCUAUUCACUUAAUCUCCCCAGGGGCUUCUUUUGCUGGGCAUCUGGCAGGGAUUCUUGUUGGAUUGAUGUACACUAGGGGACCUCUGAAGAAGAUUAUGGAAGCCUGUGCAGGUGGCAUUUUUUCAGUGUCUGACCCUGCCAGGCCAAGGGAUUACUAUUCAGACUAUUAUGGCUAUUCAAGUUAUCAGUAUGGAACGCCAAGGAACUAUUAUGAUUAUACAGGUGGGCUUACUGAAGAAGAGCAGCUUGAAAGGGCAGUGCUAAACAGUCUUACUGAAAGAGGGUUAUUGUUACAUGUGAAUCCAUACAGACCAUUUGGCAUUCUUCUAGGAGAGGCAUGAUUUCCUUUCAGGAGCAUUGUGUGGAGAGCAUUCCUUCCAGUGUCUGGAGGAGAAUGUACAAAUGUAAGAAUGCCUUUGAUGGAUGAAUCAACACUAGAAAAAUGUGCAAACUGCUAAUAUGGACCU